AUGGGAAGUUCGUAUAAACAAGAAUUAUGUAAUAAUAAUGAUGCUGAUAGUGAUGAAAAACGCAUGUGUAGAUUUCCCCCGUGUCAAUUACGUCCACCCUAUCCACCAAUAAAUGAUAAUAAUAAUUAUAACAAUACGAAACUUUCAUCUGCUCUAGAUAAAACAGUAAAUUUACCAAAAAUUAAUUCAAAUAAACAAAAGUCCUCUCAACAGCAACAGCAACAACAAAAAGUAGUCAAAUCUAAAAAACUUUUACAUAAAAAAGUAAGAAAAAAAGGCAAAAAGCCGAAUGAAAUGAUGAAUACAUCAACUGAUACAUUAUAUGAUGAAAUGAAUUCAAAUAAUUUUAUAUGUCGUUUAUGUGGAAUGAAUUGUUUAAAUAGUGCUUUGUUAUACGCGCAUUUAUUGAUCAUUGAACAUCGAACAAAAAUGACAAUUGAUAAAUUGAACACUAAAAACAUGGGGGAUGAUGAUGAUAUAUAUGAAAAGGAUAAUUUAUACUUUAUUUGUCGUCGAUGUGGUAAACAAUGGCAGACAAGAAAACUCUGUCACCAAGGUGAUGUAAAUCAACAUUGGUGUAUACAACAAAAAGUUGCACAUUUAACAACAAUUGUAUUCCCUAAAGAUUCAAUACUCUAUGGCUUACCAUUUAUAUGCUUAUUUUGUUGUUAUUCCAGUAAGAAAUCUAUUAGAAAUGUUAGUCGAAUUAGAAACUGUCCUCAGAAGUCAUUGAGUGUAACUAAAUCUCCAUUAAAAUUAUAUGAAACAUGUCAAAGAUUUUGGUCUAAACUACACUUAGUCUUGCAUAUCUUAUGUAGACAUUCAGUGAGACGAAAACCUGGAACAUGCGCAGAAUGCGGGAUAUUUAACCGACCAACUUUCGAGGAUUAUACUGAUGAAAGUGAAUUUUGGAAAGACUCACCUUCAGAACAACCUAUAAAAAAAUCUUAUAGCAAUAAGGAAUCCAAAGCAAAAAACUGUCUAGCAGAUCAAUCAUCUGAAAUGUCAACAUCAUCAUCUGAGUCAGAUGAUGACAAUUAUUGCAAGAAUAAUAAUAAUAAUAAUCGACCGAGAUCUUCAGAUUCUCUACUAUUUCGUGAAGGUUUACAAAAUUUAGAAAUACACAUAGAUGAAUAUCAUUUACCACAGAUUGAAUUAUUCAGCUGGUUAAAAUUACAAUAUUUGAAUAGACAGAAUACAGAAUAUGAUUGGAUAUAUUCAUGUCCAAUGUGUCAGUUGAUGAUAUCAUCUAAUGAUGACACUUUAAAUGCAUUAAAUAAAGAAAAUCAAUUAUGCCAUCGAAUAACUAGUAAUGCAAUGCUACAAGCUCAUAUAGUCUGUUAUCAUGCUGGUGUUAGUCAAAUUGAUUCACUGUUAGGUAAUUGUCAAAUAUGCUGUUUAAAUCAUUCAAAUACUAAUACUACUGAUAAUCACAUUUCAGUAGUAGAUUUUACAUCAACUUGUAAAAAAACUAGUUUAAGCUAUAAUAAACAUUUAAUACGUGCUAAACAUAUGAAACAGUUGCAGAAUAAUUAUGAAUUAGCUAUACAAACUGGUCGAAUUCAACAAAUAGAUUCACUGUCAAUGAAUGAGUUAGAUUUUACGACAACCACAUGUAUACUUUGUUGGAAACGAUUUCUUCUAAAACCAUAUGAUUCCCUGCAGUGUUUAUAUGCCCAGUGUCGUCUACAAGUACACUUAUUAACUACUCACUGUACAUAUAUUGGUAAGAGAGGCUUAAAGCAACCAAGAGGAAAAGAUUAUACCCUUAAUGGAUAUUAUAAUAUACAACCAUGUGGUUGGUGUGGUAAAACUUAUGAAAGUUAUCAUGAAAGUGGUGAUCAAAGACAAUUUAAUUGGCGAGAAAUUUAUAAUUGGUAUAAGGAACAUGAGGAACAACACGCGCUAAAUUUAACAUCAUGGUGGUGGGAAAAUCAACAUUGCAAAUGA